AGUGCGUUUUGACUGAAAUGCACAUUAUAGAUCUCUUUCGGAUGUAGGUUGACUGCUACAAAGUGGAGAGCCAACCACUUUCAGGUGAAUGUGGUCUGAUGGUGUUUCAACAGCUUGUUCAGCUGUUUGUUUACAUUUUUUUUAACCAUGGCACGGGAGUUGGACGAGUUUCGAAACCACAUUGACGAAGUAUUUGAAUUCUAUGAAGAAUUGGAAAACGUGGCGCGAGCCCCGAAAAGAUAUUUAAGAAAUAUGCACGAUCCCUUUGAAGUUUAUCGAGACAGGGAAUUUCAAAUGAAAUAUAGAUUCUCCAAAAAUGUGGUUAGAGAUGUGCUGUAUCCAUAUGUGGAACACAUGGAAAAACUUGAUAAAAGAGGAUUGCCAAUACCAGCAAUUAGAAAAUUGCUUCUGUCUUUACGAUUUUUCGCAACAGGAAGUUUUCAGCAGGUUUGCGGUGACCUUGAUGGCAUAAGCCAGACUACAGCAGCUGGUGCAAUAAAAGAUGUAACUGAAGCACUGGCUAGUCAGCUAAGACAUCAUGUCAGACUGCCCAGGACAGAUGCAGAAAUGAAUUUUGCAAUGCAACAUUUUUUCGAUAUAGCAGGAUUCCCUGGUGUAGUGGCACUAAUAGACUGCACCCAUAUACCCAUAGCCAAUCCUGGUGCUGACCACGGUGAACUAUUCAGAAACAGACAUGGAAUAUUCUCCUUGAAUGUGCAGGUAGCAGUUGGUCCAAAUUACAAGAUUAUAGACAUUUGCACAACAAGACCUGGAUCCUUUCAUGAUGCCAGAAUAUUCAAUUGUUCUGGACUCAAAAUCUGCUUUGAAGAACACCGUUUAAAAGGUCUAAUGCUGGGAGACAAUGGCUAUGCCUGUCUUCCAUACCUCUUUACACCUCUUCUUCGCCCACAUACUGAGGCAGAAGUAAUGUACAACACUGCUCACAAACGCACGAGAAAUGCUGUGGAGAGAACCUUCGGUAUUUGGAAGCGGAGAUUCCGCUGCCUCACCAAGAAACUUGAAAACAAAGUGGAAAAUGCUGCUGCAAUCAUUUGUGCAACAGCUGUGUUGCACAAUAUCAGCAUAGAUGCGAAUGAACCAUUGCCAGAUGAUGAGUACCCAUGGGUGGAUGAAAUUGAUGUCGCUGCACCACCAAUGGGUUUGUUUCAUGGCAACAGAAAUGGUCAUCACUUCAGAACUGCCUUUAUUCAGAGACAUUUCAUGUAACACCUAUGUUAACUUUGCUAAAUUUCUGAAAUUUCAAAGCUUGCACAAACUCUUCAGUAAUUGUUUGAAAAUGCAAAUAUCUGUGCUUAUAUAUGUGAUUAGGUUGCAUAAGCAUGAGUUGUGGCAUAAUGCUUUACAUAUUAACACCUAGGAGUGAUUUGUAAGUGACAAACAAUAAUAAUAAUUUCAAACAUAA